CUCGACUUUUUCGAAUUUGACCCCUAAGUUUUCAAAAUGUGCAAUCAUUCCCUUGUCUUAUAUACUGUUGCGAUUUGAUCUGGAUAUUUAUGGCAUUUUUUGUGAGACUCGGGAACUCAAGGGGCACAAGUGCAAAGUCGUCUUAAUUAAUAAACUCGAAAUUAUAUAAUUGGAGGAGCCAUUAUCGUCUCUGAAGUUAAACUCUUCUGUGGAAGAGAAGAAUCGAAUCGGAAAAUGAGAACCCCAAGAACCCUGGAGGUAUGGAAGCUAGGCACUGUCAACUAUUUGAAGUCCCUUAAACUUCAAGACAAGUUGGUUUCUGAGAGAAAAGCUAAUCGAAUCCCCGAUACACUCCUCUCCCUUCAGCAUCCACCAACUUACACGUUGGGUAAACGUAGAACCGAUCACAACCUACUCAUCCCUGAAGCUGAACUCAAGAGCAUUGGCGCUGAGCUUCAUUAUACUCAAAGAGGAGGAGAUAUCACUUUCCAUGGCCCUCACCAAGCCAUCUUAUACCCUAUCCUUUCCUUACGCAGCAUAGGUUUUGGUGCUAGGAGCUAUGUAGAGGCAUUGGAGCGGUCGAUGAUCGAAUUUUCUUCGCUUUACGGCGUGAAAGCUCGUGCGGGAAACAAAUGUGAGACUGGGGUUUGGGUCGGGGAUAGAAAGAUUGGUGCUAUUGGGGUUCGUAUAUCCUCUGGAAUCACUUGCCAUGGUCUGGCCUUCAACAUAGAUCCUGAUAUGAAGUACUUUGAGCACAUUGUUCCGUGUGGGAUUGCUGAUAAAGAAGUUACAUCUCUGAGAAGGGAGACAGAUGCUCAGCUUCCUUCCGAAGAAGUGAUUCAUGAGCAGUUGGUUACCUGUUUGGCCAAAGUGUUUUCGUAUGAUGACGUUGUGGUGAAGGAAGAUCCUUCAGCCAUUUUAAACACCCUGGAGGAUGACGACUAAUAGCGCAUUCAUCAAGUUAUCUUUCAAUGUAUUUGAUUUGAGAUUUGUAACACUUUAUAUCAUUUGAUCAUCUAUAAGCAUUCAUCAACUAA